UUCUCUGCUCUAGAUUCCUCUUUCCUCGCUCAAGAUGGCGCUGCUCGUGAUACAUUCUUCACGCUGGGCAGCCGCAGCGACUGCCUUUGAAAAGCGUCGGCACGUGGCAAUUCUGAUUCGGUCUCUAGUCUCUGUCCGUGGUGCAGGUCCUCAGCGGAGAUCACGUCAGCUCGGCGCCUCGGGAGCUGCUCGAAUUUCCCAGAUCCCAGAGUCAUUAAGACAUACUACAUGGCAGAGACUGGGAAAAGGCAACUUAAGACAGAUACUACAUGUUACCAGGGCUCUCCAGGCAUGGCCACUGAUAGAAAAGAGGACAUGUUGGCAUGGUCAUGCAGGAGGAGGACUCCACACAGACCCAAAAGAAGGGUUAAAAGAUGUUGAUACUCGGAAAAUCAUAAAAGCAAUGCUUUCGUAUGUGUGGCCCAAAGACCGGCCAGAUCUACGAGCUAGGGUUGCCAUUUCUCUGGGAUUUUUGGGGGGCGCAAAGGCCAUGAAUAUUGUGGUUCCCUUCAUGUUUAAAUAUGCUGUAGACAGCCUCAACCAGAUGUCGGGAAACAUGCUGAACCUGAGUGAUGCACCAAAUACAGUUGCAACCAUGGCAACGGCAGUUCUGAUUGGCUAUGGUGUAUCAAGAGCUGGAGCUGCCUUUUUUAAUGAAGUUCGAAAUGCAGUAUUUGGCAAGGUAGCCCAAAAUUCAAUCCGAAGAAUAGCCAGAAAUGUCUUUCUCCAUCUUCACAACCUGGAUCUGGCUUUCCAUCUAAGUAGACAGACAGGAGCUUUAUCAAAAGCUAUUGACAGAGGGACAAGGGGUAUCAGUUUUGUCCUGAGUGCUUUAGUAUUUAAUCUUCUUCCCAUCAUGUUCGAGGUGACUCUUGUCAGUGGUAUUUUGUAUUAUAGAUGUGGUGCCCAGUUUGCAUUAGUAACCCUCGGGACACUUGGUGCAUACACAGCAUUCACAGUUGCUGUUACACGGUGGAGAACUAGAUUUAGAAUAGAGAUGAACAAAGCAGAUAAUGAUGCAGGUAAUGCUGCCAUAGACUCACUGCUGAAUUAUGAAACUGUGAAGUAUUUUAAUAAUGAGAACUAUGAAGCACAAAGAUAUGAUAGAUUUCUGAAGACAUAUGAGACUGCUUCAUUGAAAAGUACCUCUACUCUGGCUAUGCUGAACUUUGGUCAAAGUGCUAUUUUCAGUGUUGGUUUAACGGCUAUUAUGGUGCUCGCCAGUCAGGGAAUUGUGGCAGGUACCCUUACUGUUGGAGAUCUAGUAAUGGUGAAUGGACUGCUUUUUCAACUUUCAUUGCCCCUUAACUUUCUGGGGACUGUAUAUAGAGAAACUAGACAAGCACUGAUAGAUAUGAACACCUUGUUUACUCUACUCAAAGUAGACACUCGAAUUAAAGACAAGGCAAUGGCAUCUCCCAUUCAGAUCACACCACAGACAUCUACGGUGGUCUUUGAUAAUGUGCAUUUUGAAUAUGUUGAGGGGCAGAAAGUCCUUGAUGGAGUAUCUUUUGAAGUCCCUGCAGGAAAGAAAGUGGCCAUUGUAGGAGGUAGUGGGUCAGGAAAAAGCACAAUAGUAAGGCUGUUGUUUCGCUUCUAUGAGCCUCAAAAGGGUAACAUUUACCUUGCUGGUCAAAAUAUACAAGAUGUGAGCCUGGAAAGCCUUCGGCGGGCAGUGGGAGUAGUACCUCAGGAUGCUGUCCUCUUCCACAAUACUAUUUACUACAACCUCUUAUAUGGAAACAUCCAUGCUUCACCUGAGGAAGUGUAUGCAGUGGCAAAAUUAGCUGGACUCCAUGAUUCAAUUCUUCGAAUGCCACAUGGAUAUGAUACACAAGUAGGGGAACGAGGACUCAAACUUUCCGGAGGAGAAAAGCAAAGAGUAGCAAUUGCAAGAGCCAUUUUGAAGGACCCCCCAGUCAUUCUCUAUGAUGAAGCCACUUCAUCAUUAGAUUCAAUUACUGAAGAGACUAUUCUUGGUGCCAUGAGGGAUGCAGUCAAACACAGAACUUCUAUUUUCAUUGCACACAGAUUGUCAACAGUGGUUGAUGCAGAUGAAAUCAUUGUCUUGGACCAGGGUAAGAUAGCUGAACGUGGUACCCACCAUGGUUUGCUUGGUAACCCUGGCAGUAUCUAUUCAGAAAUGUGGCACACACAGAGCAGUCGUGUACAGAACCAUGAUAACCCCAAAUGGGAUGCAAAGGAAGAAAAUAUGUCCAAAGAGGAGGAAAGGAAGAAACUACAAGAAGAAAUUGUCAACAGUGUAAAAGGCUGUGGAAACUGUUCCUGCUAAGGUGCAUGAGACAUUUUUUUGACACAUUUGCACUGAAGCAGAAUUGUUUUGUUAAAAAAAAAAUCCUACAUUCCCAUUUUCUAUAAUUGUUUGUUUAGAUAAGAUUUAUUUGAAAAGGAAUUUGAGUUUUACAUCUUUUACAAUCUGUUUAAUGUGACAUCUAUAUUUAUUCCAAGAUUAUUUCCUUGUUACUGCCUUAGUUGUACCCAAAACAUAGUUUUUGUUACUAUUUGACUUUACCCCAUUUCCAUUUUUUGUGGCCUAAUAGCCAUUUGAUACCCAUAACCAGAUGAAUUAUAUUGGCUUCAAAAUUUUUGUAGUUUUUUAAAUCUCCUUUAUGCUGAUAAUUUAGAUGGAAAUUAUCCAUUUCUUAAACAACAAAAGAGGGUAGUUUCUCUGCCUCCCUCCCCACUGAAAUACUACAAUUAUAGAAAGGGUGUUUUUAAAAGUAUUUGCCACUGCGUAUCUUUUGGAAGAAAAACCUUCCUUAAUUCUCAUGUAUGUGUGUAGAAUGUUCUUCAUCAUUAACUGGCAUUCCUAGUCAUGGGAAUUUUAUUUUUUCAUCAAAAUGAGGCAUUGAUUUUGUUUUGAACCAAAAUUUAUACCAUUCUCUUUAAAUACUUAAAACCCUGAUGUAACUUGAGAGUUGGCAUCCUGGGAAUAUCUAAAAAGCUGAGGAAGUUAAUUGCCUUUUUUAUUUCCAUCUUAACUAUAGUGCUUUUGCUGUCUAAAGUUAUACAAACAAAAAACUAAAUGGAAUGUAUGCAUGCACAUAUGUGUGUGUGUGUGCACAUGCUCACACAUGUAGAUAAAGCAACAACCACUUAAAAAUUAUUAAUGACCUUUAGGUAAGUAGGAGAAGAUUUAUGUAUAUGUACUCUAGGUGAUCAGGACUUGAAUCUGUGUUGACAGUUCAGAAUUUAUUACAAGAUUUUUCCCUUCCUUUUUCAGUAAUGUAAUGAGUUCCUUUAAGUGUGACAUAACAAGGAAGAACCCAAACAAAAUAAUCAAGUUUUACCUGCUAGAAGUAAUGAAUAAAAUGUUGGUAAAUAUUCACUUAGAAGCUCCUCUGUUUUCCAAUUUGAAUAGCUUCUUUUAUUUUUGAAGAAGCUAUUAUCUGUUCAUAGGAUUAGAGGUGUCUCUAGACCAUUGGAUCAUGUGGUCAUUAACCAGUACUUUCAGCUAAUGAAAACUUGAAUUACCUGAAAAACACAGUUAUUGUAAGGGCCAUUAAAUAAAUCUUAAAUAUUUUUCUCUUAACUUCAUCAUAUUAAGAUGGUUCUAUACAGUGAAAUAAUAGACAAAAUGAAAGAAAACCUUCCUAGGAUGAUUCACUAAGAAACAUCAAGAAAAGGGGCAUUUAUUAUAGCAUAAUAAUUUUACAUUACUAUAUUGUAUAUUCAUAAUUUUACAUUAUAAUACAUAUUCACAUAAGACAUUAUAAAGUAUAAAUUUUUAAAUCAGUAUUGAAACUAUUUUUUAAUGGAUUGAAAUGAAUAAUCUACAGUUUUAGAAUAUGGGCUCUGAAAAUGGAGGAAGAUGAUAGGGUUUUAUUCCUUAUAUUUCUUUUUUUUAAAGAUUAUAUAUUUUCUUCCUAAGGGAAUCCCAGCUUACAACAAUUAAGCUGAAACUAGGGAAAUUUGGGAAUCAUAGAAAGGGAAUCAUAGAAAUCAUUUGAGCCAAAUGCCUUCCUGAAGGUUUUUAACAUAGAAAUAUCUUGGUGAGCAGAUAAGCUGAUUUGGAAAUUAUUGAACAGUUCAUGUCUAAGGGUCAGCUGUGAGAACCAGAAAGAGGCCUUGGCAUUUGGACAAACUGAAAGUAUGCAUUUACGUUUCCUCUACAGGGAUCUGCAUCUGUAAUACACCUUAAGAUAAAUAUUUUGCCUUUUCCCUUUAGCUGUUGACAAUGAUUGGUUUGCACAGAUGGUUAGUUUAAAAAUAAGUUUUGCUUUAAGGGCAAGUUAUUUAAAGAUUUAUGAUUACUUGGUUCUGGCUCACUUUGUCCAUAUUGCCAUCUUGCUCUCAUUCUUCCUAAUUGCUGGAUGUGCCCAUGAGUGGCAACUUUUGCCAAUAUAUAUUCAUAAUUUAUAUAUACCUUGUAGCUUUAUCAUAGGAUAUUCUGUUUUGGAUUAGUAGUUGAAAGCUUUGAAAUAUAUUUGCAUUGGCAGUUUUCUUAAAUUAUAUAAAGUCCUUUCUCCCCCUGCUUUGAGUAUAUAGAUUUUGAAUAUAAACUAUACUAAAUGACAAUAUUAAGUCAAAUAAACAGGUUAAAACUGAUUAGUAAGACAAAACUACUCAGAAAGAGAGGCUCUUUAUCACAGUUUUAUUGUUAUAACAAUUUGUGCAGAUAAUUAUUACUAAAUAAACUAUGUCUUUGUGACUAGAAA